AUGGACGGUCGUCGCCAUCGAGUGUCGCGCUCGUUGUGCCGUUUUUACAGCGCGUUCGCCCUGGCCACGGCGUUAGCCGCCACCGGAUGUGGCGGUGACGACGUUAGAGGAGUUCCGGUCGCCGCCGAUUCGCAAUGUCCGGGCGACGGAUGUGCCGGGGUCCGGUGUCCCAUCCGUGACCGGGACGACGCUUGUCCGCUGGGUCUGGUGCCGGACGCGUGCGCCUGUUGUCCGUACGGCGUGUGCGGCUUGGGCGAAGCGGCCACGUGCAACGCUGCGGACCGGCCAUGCGCCUACAACUUGGAGUGCGUCAAGACGGAAGAUGUCGGCGGCGGCGUGCAGUACCGGUGCGCGUGCAAGGAGACAGAUCCGGUGUGCGGGUCGGACAAUAGGACGUACUCGAACAUGUGUCAGCUGAACGAGGCGGCCGCGGAGCUCGGGUACAACGCGACGCUACUUUGGAUGCAAUACCGGGGACCGUGUCAGUCGGCGCCUUUCAUUAAGUCAACGCCCAAGAACUUGGCUGGUUCCGUCGGACAUACCGUGGUGUUUGAUUGUGAAGUCAAUGGAUAUCCUGUGCCUAGCAUUAGCUGGCGUUUUACGGAUGUAUACGGAAUCACAAAAUGGUUACCAGGAGACGAUACACUAAUAGUGAUACAGACCAGAGGUGGGCCAGACCGUUUUACUGUCACCUCGUGGGUACAAAUCAUGGAAUUCAAACCCACCGAGCACACGGGAAAUUACACAUGUCUGGGCUCUAAUUCGGCGGACGUGGCUACGGCUUCGGCUGUGUUGGACGUCCGAAAGAUGGUUUAG